AUGGAUCCAGCCAAUGAUCGCCAACCGUACGAGUGUGCAGUGAACGUGGAGGAGCUGGUUCGCCUGGAGGACGUCAUGGGGCAGCACGGGCUGGGACCCAACGGAGGUCUCGUGUACUGCAUGGACUACAUCGAUAAGAACUUCGACUGGCUUCAGAGCAAGCUGAAACCACUAGAAAAGGACCACUAUUUCCUCUUCGACUUCCCCGGGCAAGUGGAGCUGUUCACUCUGCACGCCAGCGCUCAGAGCAUCAUCAAGCGCCUCACCGACAAGAUGCACUACAGACUAGCGGCAGUGCAUCUGGUGGAUGCCCAUCUGUGCAGCGAGGCACACAAGUACGUGGCGGCACUGCUGCUGUCGCUGCAGGCGAUGUUACAUUUCGAGCUGCCACACGUCAACGUGCUCUCAAAGGUCGACCUCGUGGAGGCAUAUGGGCCCCUGGCAUUCAACCUUGACUUUUACACGGACGUGCAGGACCUCUCGUUCUUGCAGGAGCAUCUCGAGAGCGAUCCACGCAACAAGCGAUACGCCAAGCUAACAUCAGCAGUGUGCGAAGUGGUGGAUGAUUUCGGCCUUGUCUCGUUCGAAACACUCAAUAUCCAG